ACGGAGCCCAAAUCACACGCGUUUCAUCCCAGAGCACAAAACUCUCUCAACUUUUCUUUCCCAAACUAUCCGGCCUUCCGUUUCUGCGCUUCAAAUCCAUGAUGGAUUAUAACAAACACCAAACGAUUUCCACUCGCAGAAGCUUGAAGCGAAAGCUCGAGCAAGAUUUCCAAGAAGAUAAAGCAGAUCGCAACUUCUCGAUCCUCGGUUCAAACGACGACAUCUAUAAAGAUCUGGUCAAAGAUAUUCGCGCUCACGUUGAUGUACUCAACUCCAGCUUUUCGUCGGCCGAAGCCGAUCGCGCCGCAGCCAAACGUGCCGCAAACUCCCUGGUUGAACUCGCCAAGAAUGAGGAAAUUGUGAACGUAAUUGUUGCUAAUGGAGCGGUACCUGUGCUUGUGAGACAUCUUCAGGCUCCACCACCACUGCCAUUGAGGGAUUUUUCGAUGCCAUAUGAGCAUGAAGUGGAGAAAGGAAGUGCUUUUGCGCUUGGUCUUCUUGCCAUGAAACCAGAGCAUCAACAACUCAUAGUUGAUGUUGGAGCUCUAUCUCCUCUUGUGGCCUUAUUAAAGCAGCAUCCGAAUGGGACUAAAUCUAAGGCAUUAAAUGGUGUUAUUAGGAGAGCAGCUGACGCAAUCACCAACCUUGCUCAUGAGAACGCCGACAUCAAAACCCGUGUCAGGGUUGAAGGUGGAAUUCCACCUCUUGUCGAACUGCUUGAGUUCAUAGAUGCAAAGGUACAGAGGGCAGCUGCAGGGGCCCUGCGAACUCUUGCCUUUAAAAAUGAUGAGAACAAAAAACAGAUUGUCGAAUGUAACGCUCUACCGACCCUUAUACUAAUGCUUCGGUCAGAGGAUGCUGCAUUACAUUACGAAGCGGUUGGGGUCAUUGGGAACCUGGUUCACUCAUCCCCAAAUAUAAAGAAAGAAGUUCUUCUUGCUGGAGCUUUACAACCUGUCAUUGGAUUACUCCGGUCCUCCUGUUCAGAGAGCAAAAGAGAAGCGGCUUUGUUACUUGGUCAAUUUGCUGCGGCUGAUUCAAAUUGCAAGGUGAACAUUGUUCAGAGAGGAGCUGUACGGCCAUUAAUUGAGAUGCUUCAGUCCUCAGAUUCACAGCUUCAGGAAAUGUCAGCUUUUGCACUAGGGAGAUUGGCACAGGACACACACAACCAAGCUGGCAUUGCUCAGGAUGGUGGUAUUGUGCCAUUGCUUAAACUUCUCGAUUCUAAAAAUGGGUCUCUGCAGCAUAAUGCUGCAUUUGCUCUAUAUGGUCUUGCAGAUAAUGAGGAUAAUGUUGCAGAUCUUAUCAAGUUUGGAGUUGUCCAGAAACUCCAAGAUGGAGAAUUCAUUGCCCAACAAACUAAGGACUGUAUAGCAAAGACUAUGAAAAGGUUAGAGGAGAAGAUUCAGGGACGGGUUUUGAAACAUCUGUUGUAUAUGAUGCGGGUUGCAAACAAGGCUGUUCAACGACGAGUUGCAUUGGCUCUUGCUCAUUUUUGUGCCCCUGAUGAUUGUAGAAAUAUUUUUAUUAAUAACAAUGGAUUAGAAUUACUUUUGGGGCUUCUUGAGUGUACAACUGUGAAGCUACAAGAUGACAGUUCAGUGGCGUUGUAUAAGUUGGCUACCAAAGCCUUUUCACUCUCUCCUGUGGAUGCAGCUCCUCCAUCACCAACCCCACAGGUGUAUUUGGGUGAGCAAUAUGUAAACAAUCCAACAUUGUCUGAUGUAACAUUCUUAGUUGAAGGUAAACGGUUCUAUGCACAUAGAAUUUGUUUGCUUGCUUCUUCGGAUGCUUUUCGUGCAAUGUUUGAUGGUGGUUAUAGGGAGAAACUUGCUAAAGAUGUAGAAAUUCCAAAUAUCAGAUGGGACGUUUUUGAGUUGAUGAUGAGAUUCAUAUAUACAGGAUCUGUAGAUGUUAAUAUAGAUGUUGCUCAAGAUCUUCUCAAGGCUGCCGACCAGUAUCUCUUAGAUGGUCUCAAACGUCUCUGCGAGUUUGCCAUUGCACAGGAUAUUUCAACUGAGAACGUCCCAUUCAUGUUUGAGUUUUCUGAGGCCUAUAAUGCUGUGUCAUUAAAGCAAUCGUGCAUACUGUUUAUACUGGAAAAAUUCGACAAAUUAAGGAGCAAGCCAUGGUGUUAUCACUUUAUCCAACAUAUACUACCGGAGAUACGCAAUUACUUUACACAAGCGUUUUGAAGCCUAUCAUGGUUAACUCAAUGCAAAUUGUAGAUGGUUGAGCUUAGAGUUUUAGAUCUUUUGAUUAAUUGUAAAGAUGGAAGACUGGGAAUGUACAGAGUUUAGGUCAUGUUGUUAAUGUCGGGUCAAUGAAGGAAAUUUUUCUGAUCUCCAAAUGUAGCCAUUCUUAGUGAUU